UGGCGACCGCUGGGGGCCUGUCGGGAAGCCGCGUCUUGCGCUCAGCUGUGUUCUCCCUGCCGGACUUCACGUACGCAGGGGGUGGUAGAAACGCUUUUUCCUCGAGUGGGCGGCAGGGGUUCUAUCCGGAAAGGAGACGCUCGCUGUAUUCCAGGGAGCGUCGUCUCGCCGGUGGAAAAAAAUGAACUCCAACGUGGCGUACAACGCAGCGGCGGGUACUGCGCAAGCCGGAGUGCGGGACUACCAAGUGGGACCUGGACGAGAAUGACCCAGCAUGGACAAAGGCACUCUGAAUGCAGCUUUCAGCUGCUUAGAGGGCAUUUACACAAACCAGAAUGUGGGCAAGCAUGUGAGCGCCUUGUUGCAAGCUAGUCGAGGCUCAGCCUCCCAUUUUUUGCCUCCCUAUCCACUGUUUCCACCUCUUGCACCACCAUUGCCGGCAACCGAUGACUGUGCCAAAAAAGCCCACCCCCCUCAGCAACAGCAGCAGCUGCAGCAACCGCAGCAGCCACAGCAACAACAGCAUCAGCAACAUUCCAGGGUUCCCAGCUCGGGUACUUCAGCAAAGUCUGAGCGCAAGGCGAAGCGUGAUCCAGGAGCAUCAGCUAGUGAUGGCUGGGUUCAAGGGCAAGAAAAGUUCAGUUGGGAUGGCUCACCAGUGGCUGCCUACAAUCCGGCAACGAAGAUGUUCCGCUGUGUUGCGUGCAACACAUUGGGAUUUCUGUCAAGAAUUGCCGAGCACUACUUGGGAACACAUGUAAAUGCCAAGCAGGUGUUCCAGUGUCCGGAGUGCCCGUACAGCAGCGCUUGGUCUCGAUGUGUCCGACUCCAUUUGGGCAAGGUACAUGGCAUCCAGAAUGCCCCAGCAUCAUUGUGGCGUGACCAGCCUUUGCUCGAUGAAAUUAUGGGGUUGCUGCAGAACUUGAAAAAUUUGGCUGAGUCUUCUGGGGGUGCAGGGCUGGCUGCAGCGCCUGCCACUCCAGCUGUAGAUAAGCGCUACGUCUGUCCUCGCUGUCCCUAUGCUACCGACCGCAGAGACCUAUACCACCGACACGAGAACAUCCACAAGGAUGACAAGCCUUUCCACUGUUAUGUUUGCUUCAAGUUGUUCAACCGAGCCGACCACGUCAAGAAGCACUUUCUGCGCAUCCACAAGAACCACCCCUAUGACAUUGGCCUGAUUCGGCGCCAUCCGCCACGCUCAGCAACACACACAGGCCAUGGGCCCUCGGCCAGUGGCCAUCAUCACAGCAACAACGGCCAGUGGACACACCCUGCAGGGGCAGCUCGCCUUCCCCAGCCAUCCAACUGUGCUGGUCCAGCUGACUGUUCAAGGGCUCUGCCUGUGCCUACCAAUGGAUGCCCUGCGGGAGGUGCGCAGGCCUGGGGCUUCCAUGCUGGCAACGUGCCUGCUGUGUGCAGUAGCACUGGUCCCAAGGCCAUGGGCUGCCCCGCUGCCCUGCCCCAAGAGACGACGGCAAAAGGAAAGCGUGGGGGCUCGGGCAAAGCAGCAGCUACUGCCACAAGCGGAACUGCAGCAGCCAAGACAUUUGCCUGCGCCUACUGCCCCUGGCGUGGCGUAGAUGGCUGGUGCUUGCGGCGGCAUCUUAAUACGCACAUCAAGCCAUUCUCCUGCCCCUUUUGCGAGUACAAGGCAGCCCGGUCAGAGCGCCUGAACACGCAUGUGCUGAAGGUUCACGGGAAGCAUCUGUGCAACAAGUGCCACUUUGCGGGGGAGGACUCGAUUGCUCUGGAGCGCCAUGUCAAAGAGAACCACUUGAGCUCGAGCUUGAACGACAAGUCACGUAUGGGCUGCUCACUCUAUCCACCGUUUCCUGUACGACCACCGCACCCACCUAUUUCGCAGCCAGUGGACAAGUGCAAAAUUGAGCCCUGUGGAUGUUCAGUGCCCAAUGGCACUAGCGCUUGCACUUCCAAUUCAAAACCGCAGGUGGGACCAACUGAGCAGCGAGGGCUAGCAGACUGCGUGUCCCCGGGGCCUGCUCGUGGCCGGGAGGGUGGCUGCAGGGACGACCCCAACAGCCUGGCCACAGUGUUCCCUUACCGCUGCGUUGUGUGUGGCUUCUGCUCCUUCACUCAGGACACAAUGAUUGCACACAUGCGCCUCCACUCGGGUCAGACACUUCGCUGCCGAGCCAUGGAUGCAUGCUGUCAGUACAGCACCCCUUUCGAGGAUGUGCUGCGUAAGCACGUUUCCACAGAGCAUGCUGAUGACGAUGCAGUGGCACGGUGCCCACACUGUGGGAUGCCAUGCAGUAGUGCCAAGGUGCUGACGCGGCAUGCAGCAGAAAGUCACCACAACCUGGCGCUCAAGGUCCGCUGUGCUGACUGUGCAGUGAUGUUGUUGCGGCAUUUUGGACUGGUGGCCGAAGCAGACACUGCUGUCCGGGUGUUAGCAGCACCUGUGCUGCAGGUUCAGCGAUUGAAACAGUCUAGGAAACAACCCAAACCUCGAAAAGUAGUUGUCUGUUGCUCUGAUGGCUGUGGAAAGUCUCAGCUAGGCUCAGCAGCUCCACGACGUCGAAGAAAACUUCGUGCACCAUCACGUCUACCUUUAGGAAAGUCCUCGCUGAGCCUGUCAUGUCACCACUGUAAAUUGGAAGGUGGAUUGCGGCGCAAGAAGGCGUUCAGGUGUCACAGUAGUUACCUGGUCCACAUGUACUGGUGCCACUUAAGAGAACGACACCGAUGCUCCCGGUGUGGCUUGGGGUUUAGGCAUGGCUACCAGUGUUAUCUUCACUCAAAAAAACAGCACAGCUAGCCAAGGCCUUUUUUCGGAUGUCUUUCGGUUGUUGUUGUUGUUUCUAGCGUGAUAACAGGAUCCACUGUUAUCUAUAUUGUCCUGACCCUAGGUACCUGUGCGAAGCACCCAGUGAGUUUAUAUUUGUCACACUAAGAUUGUGAAGACAAAAUAUUGUCCUGAUGAAAGUAACUUGGUUAAAUGUGACUUACAAAGUUAUCUUGCAGCCCUAUUGUGGGGUCUUCAAGCAGUAUGUGUGCUGACCAUGUUUCCCGGACAAGUGUGUGGUUACCCCACAAUAAUGCAUGGUGCUUUGAACUAUAGCCAUAGUUCAAAGGUGACUCUUUAGGCUGUGCUCAUUGUGUCCUUGAAGCCAUGAACUGUAAGGUAAACAUGGGCUUUAUUUGCAGAGUAAUUGCAGACCAUAUGUGUUCAUGUAGCACUUAAAUAUUUCCUGUGAGAAUUUCAUUUUUUAACAUAUAACAUCUUGUACGGAUUAAUAUUGCCAAGCCAGCUUCGCUUGAUGUUUUGGACUCCACUGUUGAGCGUGCAGUGCCCAAGUUACCUUUAUCAGUACAUAUUCUUUGAGGACAAUUCUAGUUGCAGAGAUGUAGCAUUUACUUUCUUGUUAUUUACAUUUGAAGUCAUAUGUGACAUAAAUUUGUUUUUAUUAGCACUUCUUUAUAGGCAAGGUUACCGUAAGGUUGUGUGCAAUUUCUCUUACAAGAAACGUGCUGUGGUAGAGAAAAUACUAGGUUGUUAUUUCCAGAUGUUGCUCUCAUUCAUAGAUUUAUAGACACAAAAACGGUGAUAUGUCAUAUGUUUUCUCAGCUGUACACAAACUGCCAUUGUACCAAUUACUGAGGAUUAUCCAAACACGAAACAUUCUCGAACACCAUGCUCAUGUACAAAUUGUUAUAAUUGAGCUGGAAAGAAGGUGGGUGAGAGUGCAAUUUAUUCUUGCUAUCUAUAUGUACAGACAGGGCAUAUAUGUAUAUACACACAAAUAUGUGCAUUACACUGUUUCUAAUUGAUAUUUAAAGCCAUUUGUCAUAAUAAGCUGCCUUUUUCUGGCAUUGAAUAUCUUCAAAACUUCAUCUACCAAAAAAUGGGUAUGAAUGCGAGCUAGUUGGUACGAAUCCAUCAUUGAAAAAAAAAUGGCGUGAAAUAAAUAUGGACAAAACACAGGACAAGUGCUGUGUUCUGUGUUCCUCCCUUGUUCGUGUUUAAAUUUGGAACACAACCCGCCGUGGUUGCUCAGUGGCUAUGGUGUUGGGCUUCUGAGCACGAGGUCGCGGGAUCGAAUCCCGGCCACGGCGGCCACAUUUCGAUGGGGACGAAAUGCGAAAACAUUCAUGUACUUAGAUUUAGGUGCACGUUAAAGAACCCCAGGUGGUCUAAAUUUCCGGAGUCCUCCACUACGGCACGCCUCGUAAUCAGAAAGUGGUUUUGGCACGUAAAACCCCAUAAUUUAAUUUAAAUUUGGAACACAGUACAGUGUUUGUCCUGUGUUCUUCCCUUGUUUAUGUUUAUUUCACACUGUUUUUUCACUGAUUCAUCUACCAAGGAUAGCCCAUUGGUGACAUUCCAUUUUAUUGCUGGGAAAUCUUCUCGAUAGAACGUUUUGUCAUCAAUCAAACUUUUCAGACUUAUACAGUCAUGAAAUUCCAAGUGGCUUGGUAACGUUGUCAAAUAAAACUGAAUUGAAUUGAAAUGUGGCAGUAUAUUUCACCAUUGUAUACCAUGCGGCCUUGUGGUGCUACAAGUUUUGUUGGUUUGCAUGGUAGAAGAGGUGCAUAUUGGUGAGUUAGGAUGGACAGUUUAGUUUAUUAGUACAGUGUUUUUGUGCAUUCUGUGAUUCUGGAUGAUUGAAAUAAACCCCAUAUUGAUGAAUUACACUGUGCUGGGCAUCCUACCUCACAUUUGUGAUACAGUAAUUCAGCUGUUGCUUAAUGUUUACUCAUCCUACAGAGUUAUCUAUAUAUUAAGUUUCAUAAUGAAAACAUUUGUGUUUUAAUGCUAAGAGUUUCUACUGUUCACUCUGAGUUGUUUGAAUACCAUGGUGUCAGUUUUCAUAUGUCCAUCUUCAUGGUGCGUGAUUACGUAAUGCCUGGAGGGCAUACAAAGUCCAGGGUACAUUAAAGCUAUGUAGGUUCUAGAGUUGAAAUACUUGUCCUAGAAAAUUUGGACCAAAAUAUUUUUUUAAUGCAGCUCAAAAGCGCUUUACAUACUAUGUAGUGAGUGUAUUUUUAUUUCUUUAGACUUUGUGUAUGACAUAGGUUCUCUAAAUGCCGGUCCUGCGAUAUCUUGAUUUUGAAUUAAAGUAAUGAGCACUUUAACUUUAACCUCAAAGGAAUAACGUUGUGGAGAAAGUGAACUCUUUCUUUUAGUUGCACUCAAUGUGUGUGUCAUUCACAGUUAGAAUACCUUAUCAGUGACUAUUUGGCUUUGGCACAUACAUAUGUGAGCACUCGGUGUCUGCUCUAUAUGGGACUUUCCUGGACUCUUGCUGAACAUCUUUUUUUUUAACAAAAUUUGCUGGGACAGAAAUUGGGCCAUUCUUUUGUUGUUCAAGUUACUAAUUGAAAUUUUGCUGAGUGUUCAUUUACAGAAAACACUUUAAAUCUAUAAGAUUCAAGUUCUUACGCCUUGCUCUUUCGUCAUUGAAGUUUUAGCUUUCACCAUGCUUUUUAUCAUCAUUUUUCUUGUAUGUGUGAAUUGGAGUUCUCUUUCCUGUUAGUUCGACGACCAGAUUGCUUAGCCUUAGGCUGCUGUGCUGUUUUUACGAGCUUCCUUGGUACUGUAUUGGAACUGGCUGUUUUUUUUUAUAUAGCUUUGUUGGGGCAAACCAUGGGGCUUUCAAGUACUCUGUUGUAAACCCUGGCCAUCAUGGGAGCAAACUUGUAUGCUUCCCUAGUGCAGCAGGAAAACCAUUCAUGCAUUAGCUGUGCCAUACAAGACUGUUUUUUGCUCUACUUAAAUAUGUUCUGGGGUAUGCUUUACAUGGCAUGGACACAGUGGCCGUGGUUAUAAGCUGCAGCCCCAUGCUGUAAACUCCAUGUCACCAUUCCGCAAAGAUAUGUUUAAUGUAAUUUCAUUGCCAAACUGUUAAGCAUGCUAUUAUGCUAAAGACGUGUGUGUGUGUGCACUUGUCUGCACGUGUGUUGUGGGUGUGUUUUUAAAUGAGACUUGUAUGGGCUGCUGUGCAGUUGGGAAAACGUCUGAAUAAGGUGGCACCAGUACAUGUUGUGUUGUUAUGAUAUAAAGAGGGAUUGGUCAUUGCUUCUGAGCAGCGGAAGGGCCAACAAAAUUUGUGAGAGGCUGAAGAUGUAACCUGAUUUAUGUUGCAUAGGGAAAACUGUAAAAUGGUAUUUCAAUUUUCUGCUUUUUGCUCAAAUUUUAAGCAAAGGAUAUCAUUUUAGUAUGUUGAAUUCGUGAACCAAGAAGUGUAGGUAUGGUAUUAAGGGUUGCAAGCAUACUGGAUACAGAGCAGCCAUGAUGCAAUGAGAAUUCAUAAAAAUUCUUGUUGUAAGUUGGACAUAGAAGAUUUGUAAAAUCAUUCAUGACUAAAGAAAUAAUAAUAUAAUGAAGUACUGCUGUUUUCCUUGUGCAUCUCGUGAUACAGUUGUGUGACGCCAGUGCUGUGUCCUUUAUCUGAUUGUAACUUCAUUUAUUGAGUAGGACAUACUGUUUGAAAAUGUUGAAAACUCUGUGGCAUAUGAACAUGUAUGAAUUGACUUUGUGAGCCCUCUUCUUUUUUUUUCUUUGACCUCACAUUGACUCAGUUCAUUGUCUCACAAGUUAAAGUGACCGGUGGGCUAUAGCUCUUUUGAAGCAGCAUAUUGUACCACAUUUAUUGUGUAGCUUAUAUUUAUUUAAGCUCACUUGUCUAAUAUAAUGGAUCGUUUGAUAUUGCCAUGUAAUUUCCUAAGACAUAACAAUUUAGUUUUAUUGACCUUCAGAAAGCAGGAUUUAUGCUGUUUGCAGGUCUGAAACAGCAGAACUUUCUAAUUAAAGUUUGUCUUGUGACUGUGUCAAGUACACUUCCCUGCCUUCUCAUUUUGCUGUGAUCGUCUAAACUGCUAGACUGGCAGUCACAAAUUUUCACGAACUUGGAUGAUGUCCACAUAAAACGUUGAGCUGUGAGGAUGUUUUGGCACUUAAACUAAACAGAAGUGACAUGCACUAAGUGCACCAUUCAUUUGACCAAAGAAAAUUUGGUUUAAAGGCUUCUUUCAUUGUGCAGUUGCGCUUUGGCUACAAGCAUACAUUUUGUGCAAAAUAUGGCAGCUCUGCAUUGUUACAGGCAUAUUGCUAAUUCAGUGGUAGUCAGUUUGAUUGGAGAGUAGCAGUUUUGGGCUCAAUGUAUAGUGGUCUCAUUUGGUGGUGCUGUUUUUCAUGCAUAAUAUGAACUAUUUCUUGACCUGGCUGUGCCUGAAUUUAUUGCACACCCUGGUUUGCAGCCUUUGCUCAAGCAAAUACCAUACACAUGUACAUAAAUCUAUGUAUACGUUGGACAAAUUGCUGUGACACCUGGAUACCUAAAAACCAGAACCAUGUGGCAUCCAUCUUCCAAGAAAUUAGCCACAGUAACUCUUAUUGUGGUGUUUUGAUUAUUGCUUCAAAAUGUGCAUGCAACAAUCAUACCUGUAUGUGAAAAAGUUAUGUAGCGUCCAUAGUGUGUAGAAAGUCUCAUUUCUUGCAAUAUUAUUUGUUGUUUACUCUCAUCAGCAUAAUGCACGUGUGUACUUGGUUGUUGCAAGAUCUGUAAAGUUUUUUGUGCUGUCUGCCUUGAUUGGUUUUCAUUUUGCUGCACUGUCCUCAUUUUACUCGGCAUUGGAUUUGUGGUUGUGUAUGAUGCAUCAUACCAUUCUUUUCUCUCUCCAAAGCUGUUUCACACAUUUAAGAAGGAGUUAAAUAAAAAAAAAAUGCUUGGUUUUGUUUUUUUA